CGCACGUGCAUUGCGGUUGUGUUGUCACGUGCUUAAUUCCAUCCAAUCAGCAGCAAGGAAAACGCAGUUCCAUAACACAAGCGCUUUCACUUCAAAUGCGUUGUGUAACUUGUUCCCUUCGGACUCCGUUUGAAGAAUUUAAGAUUUCAAGAUGGCUCUUGCCCUGGCUGACAGGGCUAUCGGAGCAAUCAUUGGAUCAGCAGCUGCCGAUGCUGCAGCACAACCACUCCAUUGGGUCUAUGACCUGCAGAAGCUGAGCAUGUUGCUCUCUGAAAGUCCUGAGCCUGAAUUCCGCCCUGAGUCUGCAAACCCAUUCUACAGGAGGAACACUGGACAGCAGAGCUGCUAUGGAGAUCAAGCAUUCGUCCUCCUGGAGUCCCUGUCUGAGUGUGAAGGUCUGAAUGUGGAAGAUUUAAAGCAGCGCACCUACAAAUUCUUUGGACCCGGAUCUGAAUAUGACACACCAGUCAAUGAUCCUUACAGAGACAAAGGAGCUCCCAGGCCUCAGCUACCUAUUGAAGGACCCUGGAGACAAGCAAGCCUUAAGAGCUUUAUUAAAAAUGUGGAUGCCGGCAAGCCAGAGACAGGUUGUGAAACUGAUAACCAAAUAGAUGGAGUGGCAAAGCUGGCUCCCAUCGUAGCAUGCUAUGCUGGAAAACCAGAGAUGUUGGAGAGAGUUGAGGAAGCCACCCGGGUCACGCAAGACAAUGACAUAUGUGUGGCGGUAACUCUCGCUGCUGCUAGGUUCUUGGAGCAUUUCAUCCUGAAUGGUCCUGAUCCCAAGGCCUUGGAUGCAGUGCUGAAACAGCUCAGUGACCCAAACAGAAAAAACCCUCAGGAGUUGGACAAAGCUAUAAUUGGACACAUUCAUCAAGUAAAGGACAAUUUGAGCAAGAAACCCAAAGAGCUCAUUCCCACUGUGUUUCCAAAUACUUGAGGUUUGCCGGGUGCAUUCCAGGCAGCACUGCAUGGGGUUCUGACAGCCAGUGGCUAUGAACAGGCUAUUCGGGACACUAUGAGCUGCGGUGGGUGCACCUGUAGCAGGAGCUCCUUCAUCGGUGCCUGCAUUGGCGCUCAGGUUGGACUUGAAGGAAUCCCAAGUUCCUGGAAAAGCAAGACUUUGCGAUACAGCACUUUGUUGGUUCUCGCAAAGAAAGUUGUUACUCUCCAACAGCUUUAAACUUUUUAGUAUGCAAAGUAAAUAAGUGGAUGAUAACCGGAUAUAAUUAUGUAAUCAACCAAGCUCUUCUGAGUUUUACCUACAGAUCAUAUUUCAUGGCUGUUGUGAUUGAUGAGACAAUUAAUGAAUGUUUUAGCUUGAAAUAUUAUGAAGUUAAAACUGGAUACCUUUGUUUUAUUAAAUCACAACAUGGCAUGCAGAAAUUGACACACACUGUGGCAUUAAACUCAUGUUUAGUGAA